AUGGAGAAGCUGCCCGAGCAGUUUCGCUUGACUAUUACGAGAGGGCAGAACUUCCUGGAGUGGUCAAUGGAGGAAAUGCUACAAGCCUUUGAGAAAGAGCUCGAACUACGUGAAGCGCACGAUGCGGGUCAUAGAGCCAGUAGUUGUAAGGUCGAGAACAAAUGUAGUGUUUGUGAUGGGGCUCAUCAUGUUGCACUGUGCGAAAUGAGUCCUAAGAGCGAGGGUAAGCAUGACGAAAUACCCAAGCCUAAUGACGAAUGUAAAAACGUACCCAAUAACACGAAUGUGCAUGUGACUACUCCUAAUAGUAACUUGCAUGCUGGAACUGGUAGCCUGGUUGCCUUGCAGACUGCACGUGGCGUUUUAAGGGGGGAAAGGGUGGUUAAGGUGCGGGUCCUCUUUGACGCGGGAAGUCAUCGUUCCUUUGUUACUUCCAAAGCAGCUGGUCUCGCGAAUCCCAGGGGUAUAAGAAGGGAAUUGUUAGGAAUUAAUACGUUCGGUCAAAAAUGCGUAAAAGCCGAGCACAGGGAAGUGGUUGAAUUAAAGCUUGAACCUCUUAACGGAAAUAAGGUUAUCACACUGGAAGCAUUUGUAGUGCCGGAAAUAUGUAGCAUAGGAAAUAGCCAUGUAGAGAUAGCGCGGAGGGAGUAUAAACAUCUGGAAGGUAUAUGGUUUUCAGAUGUUUCUAAGUCAGAAGAUGAGUUAGAAGUAGAUGUUCUGAUAGGGGCAGACUACCUUUGGAGCUUUCAGACAGGGACAACCAAGAGAGGUAAAUCAGGAGAACCUGUUGCUAUAGAAACAGAAUUAGGGUGGGUUUUAUCAGGACCGCUGAGAGUACAAGACAUUGAGAGAGCGGAGCCAGUCCAAGUGAAUUUUGUAGCACAGAGAUUGAGUAGUGAAGACAGUUUGGAGAGUAAUGUGCAAAAAUUAUGGAGUUUUGAAGGGUUAGGCAUUAGUGAGGAAGAUAAGGUACAUGAAGAGUUUUUAGAUGAAAUAUCAUUUACAGGAAGUAGAUAUUCAGUCAAACUGCCCUGGAAGGAGAGCCAUAAGAAAUUGCCUGACAACUAUGCAAAUAGCUUAAGUAGAAUGAAGGGUCAGCUGCGACGACUGAGGAAAGAGCCAGCAUUGUUAGCAGAGUAUGAUUCUAUCAUCAGAGACCAGGUAGAGCGAGGGAUAGUGGAGCCAGUAUCUGCAUUAGAGAAGGUUGAAAGGGUUCAUUAUUUACCACACCAGGCAGUAAUUCGCAGGGAGGCAGUGACCACUAAACUCCGGAUCGUCUAUGACGCAUCAUCCAAGGAAGUCAGCAAUGAGGCAAAUUAUCAAAAUAAUGGUGGCAAUCUUUUGGAAUGA